UAGUAGAUCACCAAACUUGCUCCGGCAUUUAUGAAAACCACGGCACCUAGUGUGCUUCUGACAGUCGGUUCAAUCGGUGUUCAGGGUGGAUUGAUCCUGGUUUGACUCUGCCUGGUGGGGGACCUGUUCUCGUGUGUGUUUUUCCCUUCUCUGUCUCUCUCGAAAACGAUCGAACGAGUGUAAACCUUCCGUGCGCCGUAGCGUCGGUUACAUUCGUGUGUUCCAGGCGCAUAUUUCCCAACGCCCGCAGGCUAGUGUAAAUCCGUGUUCACGCACAAAAGACGAGCAAUAUGUCUUCGUCCGCCGUUACCACUAAAACGUCCAAGUACACCUACCGUUCGACUGGAGGUGGUACCGCCGAUGUCAGCAUCGAGUACAGUGCUGACCUGAGCGCUCUGUCCCGACUGGAGGACAAGAUCCGUCUCCUGCAGGAAGACUUGGAGUCGGAACGUGGCCUUCGCCAGAGGAUCGAACGUGAGAAAGCCGAUCUCAGCGUACAGGUGAUUCAGUUGUCUGAGCGUCUCGAAGAAGCUGAGGGUGGUGCUGAGGGACAGCUGGAGAUCAAUCGCAAGCGUGACGUCGAGCUGACCAAGCUGCGUAAGCUGCUGGAGGAUGUGCACCUAGAAUCUGAGGAGACUGCUCACAUCCUGAAGCGCAAGCACCAGGAAAUUGUCAGCGAUUUCAACGAACAGCUUGAGGCUCUGACCAAGUCGAAGCAGCGAGUCGAGAAAGAAAAAUCGAAGCUGCAGGCUGAGAUCUACGAGCUGCUGUCGCAAGUCGAAAGCAUUUCUAAGGACAAACAGGUCAGCAUCAAGACGAUCGAGAAACUCGAGGUCCAGGUCACUGAGCUCAACAUCCGUAUCGAGGAGCUGAACCGUACGAUCGUCGACAUCAGCUCGCACAAGACGCGUCUGUCGCAGGAGAACAUUGAUUUGGUCAAGUCGGUUCAGGACCUUAAGCUGAGCGUUGAGAGCAUCUCGUUCUCCAAGACCCAGCUGAACUCGCAGCUCGAGGAAGCUAGACGCCGCUUGGAGGAAGAUGAUCGUCGCCGCUCGAUGCUCGAGUCCAGCCUGCACCAGGUCGAGACUGAGCUGGAGUCCAUUCGUCUGCAGCUCGAGGAAGAGUCGGAAGCUCGCCUGGACCUGGAGCGCCAGCUCGUCAAGGCAAAUGGUGAGGCCGGUACCUUCAAGUCCAAAUACGAGGCCGAAUGCAUGGCCCGUGCUGAGGAGGUGGAAGAGAUCCGCCGCAAGUACACGGUGCGCAUCACUGAGUCGGAGGAGCACAUCGAGUCGCUGCAGGCCCGUCUGAGCAAGCUGGAGAAGGAAAAGAGCCGAUUGACCAGCGAGAUCGAAGUGCUGAUCAUUGACCUGGAAAAGGCCAACAACGGUAUCCGCGAGUACACGAAGCGCAUCGAGAUCCUCGAGAAGACCAACAUCGAAAUCAAGACCCGCCUGGAGGAAACGAUCGCUCUGUACGAUGCGUCGCAGCGCGAUCUGCGCCAGAGAACUGCCGAUUUCCAGCGCCUGUCUCACGAGCUGGACAAGACUCGCGAGCAGAAGGAUCAGCUGGGACGCGACAACAACAAGCUGCAGAACGAGCUGCACGAGUCACGCAGCACCGUCACCGAAUUGACGCGCCGUCUUCACGAGUAUGAAGUCGAGCUGCGUCGUCUGGAGAAUGAGCGUGAGGAGCUCACGGCCGCCUACAAGGAAGCCGAAGCGGGACGCAAAGCAGAGGAGAAACGUGCUCAGGCCCUUUCGGCUGAGUAUGGCCAGUUCCGUCAUGACACUGAGCGUCGCCUAUUGGAGAAGGACGAAGAGAUUGAAGUCAUUCGCAAGCAGACGAGCAUCGAAAUCGAGCAGCUGAAUGCCCGCGUUGUCGAGGCUGAGACCAAGCUUAAGAGCGAGGUCCAGCGCAUCAAGAAGAAGCUGCAGAUCCAGAUCACCGAGCUGGAGAUGUCGCUGGAUGUGGCCAACCACACCAACAUCGAGCUGCAGAAGACUAUCAAGAAGCAGUCGCUGCAGUUGACCGAGAUGCAGGCUCACUACGAGGAGAUCCAGCGCCAGCUGCAGUCCACUGUCGACCAGUACGGCAUUGCUCAGCGUCGCAUCCAAUCGCUCUCCGGCGAGCUGGAGGAGAUCCGCAUCAACUACGAUUCUUCGCUGCGUGCUAAGCGUCAGGUGGAGGUGUCUCUCGAGGAGGCCACCACUCGUAUUAACGAGCUGAGCGUUGUCAACGCCAACUACGCUUCGCUCAAGGCUAAGCUUGAGACCGAACUGCAAACCUUGGCCGUUGACUACGAGGAAGUCACCCGUGAGCUGCGUGUCAGCGAUGAGCGCUACCAGAAGAUUCAGGUUGAGCUUAAGCACACCGUCGAGCUGCUGCACGAGGAACAGGAAAGAAUCGUCAAGAUUGAAGCCAUCAAGAAGUCGCUGGAAGUUGAGGUUAAGCAACUGUCCGUCCGUCUGGAGGAAGUCGAGGUCAAUGCCGUGGCUGGUAGCAGACGCAUCAUCAACAAGCUUGAAGCUCGCCUGCGCGACAUCGAAGUUGAACUGGACGAGGAAAGACGAAAGCACGCCGAAACGAUCAAGAUUCUCCGCAAAAAGGAACGCUCUGUCAAGGAAGUGUACAUUCAGAUCGAGGAGGAUCAGAAGAACAUUCAGAUUCUGCAGGACGCCCUGGAGAAGGCCAACCAGAAGAUCGCUGCCUACAAGCGUCAGCUAACCGAACAGGAACAAUCCUCACAGCAGUGUGUCACCAAGGUUCGCCGUUUCCAGCGAGAGCUCGAAGCUGCCGAAGACCGUGCCGAUGUGGCUGAGAGCAAUCUGAGUCUGGUCCGUGCCAAGCACCGCACGUUCGUCACCACCUCGACCGUGCCCGGAUCGCAGGUCUACCUGGUUCAGGAAACUACCCGAACCAUCAACGAAACUUCAUCUUAAAUUUAGCAUUGUCCCUUGUCGCCAGAGUGCCCUAACAGUUGGCCGAAGCGUCGUUAAUCCUGGAAGAAUAUGCGACGACUGAAAAUCGGAACAAGCGAUCUAGCAACCUCCAGCCGGGCCGAUCAUGUGGGUUACCACUCUGGACACCGCACGCAGCCAAUUGGUUCUUUUCAUUAUUUUAUCCAGUUUCGUUCAAAUACGGUCAUGUGUACGUGUUGUGUUUUGCAGAAAUUCUAUGCCCUUCCUUGGUCCUUAGCUCUUCUCCUUUUUUUCUUGCCCUUCCUUACGUUCACUGUUUUAUAUAUCCCUUUUUGUUGUGUAUAGUUAUGUUUAACAUUAGCGUCUUCCUAUUUUUAUUUUAUUACGAAACAACGUUAGAAGGAUAAAACACAGCAUCCGCUGGAAAGUUAUUCGAACAUACACAAAUCGACAAACCAGACAAGAGCGCUCACUGCGUACACAGAUAACAUCUGAGAAGCUGUAUAUCAACAAAAGCUCUUUACAUUAGAUACUUUAAAUCUUAACGAAAUUGUGUUUGUUUGUGUCAUAUGAACUCGUUUACUAUGUGCUGUUCGUCGUUGCUGCUCUGAAGAAAUGUGGAUACUCUACCCUCUCGAUCAUGGGUCAACCCGAUCUACCGACCUGAGCCAACUUUAAAAAGAUCAACUAUGAUGAGGCUGUAAAAACAACUGAAAAGCCAAACCAGAACAGCACACAAGUCGCUUGUAAAGGAAAAAAUAAAGUUUACAGAUAAAGAUUAUUUUACCAAAAUAACAAUGC